AUGUCUUCGAUCGUCUCCGCUCUCUCCGACCUCGUCUCGUCCAUGGUCGAGGUCGUCUGGUCCUUCUUCACCACUGCUCUCCACCUGGUCGAAAACACGGCCCAGUUCGCAGCCAAAUUCGCGACUGAGAUUGUCGAGCUAGUCAUCAACUUCUUCAAAGGACUGGUCGACCUUGCUGGAGGCAUUGUCUCCUUCCUCGUCGCAGGCAACGUCAUCAUGCUCGCAGUCCUCGCCGCGGCCUUCUUCGGCUUCCUCCAGUAUCAGCGCAGCCAGGGUCGUCCAGUGCAGGUCGGCAACAAGAAGCUGAACUAA